CCACGAUCCCGAAGCCGAAGCCACAAGGAUGUGAACUUGCCGUGAGCGGAGCAACGGCCGUGUAAUAGCCGAGGUGGCGGAAGGAGGGUGGGGCUUGGCUAGUUGUGGUGUGGUGUCCUGGACGCGAAGAAUCACUCCCCACAGUAAUGGUGAACAUGAUUUUACGAGCAAUGCUGGCAGCGGCGGCGGUAAUGGUCUGGCUGGGCACAGACCUCCUGGCGGCGGGGCAGGUGGCGGGAGAGGACACCUCAUCGCCCGAAACUUCCGCAUGGACUCCUGGACGUAUCGCACAGGUGACGUUGGCCGUGAUCGAGUCGGCGCUGCUCACCUUCGUGCUGCUCUUCCCCGGCGUCAUGGACCCUGUCGUGCAGUUCAUCAAUGGCAACAUCGGCAGCAGUGGGUCUCGGCGGCGGCGGGAGGUGCAAUCCGUGGUGAUGGAGCAGGCAGCGUCCCUUCACGGCCUCUUACUGGAUGCCAUAGACCAGUUCGAGGAGAUGGACUACACUCUCACUUCGCUAAAGGACUAAACAAGAGCAGUGUGAGCCGUAUCUAUGAGAUGUGGAAUCUUUUUGAAUAAAGACUAAAUUACUACAA